CACAGUGGAGCGCCAAGCCGGCUUGUGCUAUUAGUAUCAACACGUUCGGUGGUGCCGCGCAGUUUCAGUAAUUAGAGUAAUAACAAAACUUGAAGAGGGACGACAAACGGGCGAAGUAUGCACUGAAAAAAGUUGUCGUUUCGUCAAGCGCUUCGUCACUGUGAAAGACAGAAUAAAGUAAUAAUUUUCGUAGGAAGAAAUCGUCAAACAGGCGGAAGAAGUCAGCAAGCAAUUCUAGGAAAAAGUACCGUGGAGACAAUAAGACUUAAUCGUGAAAUAGAAAGGGAGGAUGCCGUAUUGCAACCAAUUUGUCAAAACUGAUUUCUACUCUUCAGAGCCGGAGAUUUCGAUUCAAGCGAUAAGGCACACUCGGGGCGAGCACUGAAAGCGAUCGAUAUCUAAUAGCAGCGUUUACGCAAUGCGACUUCAGAAUAGUCAGCUAAAGAAUUUUCUGUGAAGUUGGGGGUUAGCCCAAGCACUGUUUCAGAUCGUCAGCAUGCAUUAAAGAUUGGCUCCAAGAACAAAGGAAUAAAUGGCAUCGUCUACAGCGGCAUUGGUGGUUGCCUCAACUGACGAGGAGCCCGCGGCUCCCUGUGGAAGCUGUGGGGUGCGGCUUGGACUUCUCACCCCACGUCUCGCUUGUCGGGCUGACUCAUGUCGGGGCGUAGUUAUCUGUAUUCAGUGCUUCGCCCGUGGCAGCGAAUUCGGCCAACAUCGAAAUUACCACCCAUACGCCGUUUUUGACGCCCAGUUACCACUGCUGAGCUGGGACUGGAGCGGUGCCGACGAGGUUCGCUUGCUGGAGGCGAUCGAAACUUGCGGCCUGGGCAAUUGGUCAGACGUGGCGAAGAUUGUCGGUGGUGGUAAAACCGCAAAAGACUGUCGGGCUCACUACGCAAGGUACUACAUAUAUGGAAAUUAUCUAACUGCUACAAUCGCAUGCAACUUGAAGACGAAUCGAGUCUUUAAAUUAGACGAGAUUAAUACAGGAGAGAAUGUUGCUGACAGCUACUUAGGUACAUCAAGUGUGACCUAUACGAGUACAAUUGGCAGAGCACCCCGACCAGAACUCGGCAGCGUUGGACAGUCAGAAGAUUUCGCUGGCUAUUUUCCGGCUCGCGGUGACUUCUUCGACGAAAUUGAUCCACAAGCGGAAGCGUUGUUGGCGUCUGUAUCAUUCAGGGCCGAUGACAGUAAGGGUGAGGGGUUGGACGAUAUCGAUCACGAAGCUCAGAUGGCGCUGGUUGAAGGGUACCGGCGCCGAAUCAUUGCAAGAGAGCGUGUUAAGGAUGUUGUCGCUCAGCAUGGCCUCUUAAGCAGAGCCCAAAACACUGAAUGGGAGUCAAGGUAUUUUAGAGAUCUUGGUGAGAUCACGGUUCGUUCACUGCUCCCCAUGGUAAAUAUUCUAUCGCCUGAUGACAUGCUCGCAUUUUUUGAAUCACUAGCUCUGGCCGAACAGCUGAAGCGACGUGUCUGUAGGCUUCACGAUGCCCGUUCAAAUGGCCUCAAGACCCAGCGUGAAAUCACCCAAUUUGAGCGAUUGAAUCAGUUACGUCAACGCAGCUAUACGAAGCCUUCGCAAUGCAAAGAAGUCCUACGUAGCAGCAAGGACGCAAACAGCCUGCGGAGACUUUUACUACGGCGGCAGCGUGAUACCGCUGUUGAGGCCAGUGCCAGCAUGAUUGGUAUGGGGAAAACUAAUCGGCGCCCCAAGAAGCCACCUCCCAGUCCUCUAACGAUUGAACAUCUGCAAGGAUUCUUCAAGCUGAGUCAGGCUGAAAGGGAAUUUUGCUCGAAUUCAAGGCUGUUUCCAUCGACUUAUCUCGGGCUCAAAUCUCAGUUGGUUUCUGAAUGCCAGCGAAACGAUGGGCUGCGUUUGUCUCGAGCUCGAACUUUGUGCAACAUCGACGUGAAUAAAACGAAAAGAUUAUAUCAUUUCCUGCUUUCCCAAGAACUUAUACACGAAUAGGAUAUUAAUGCCUUUGCUAAUAGUACUUGUUGUCAUGUAACAAACAAGAAUGCCAAUGUCAAUUUGUUUUGCUAUAUGUCUUACAUAUGUAUAUAUAUAUAUAUAUAUAUAUAUAUUACUGUAUAAAUAAACAUUGGUAUUGCAAAUUAUAUUGGAGGGCGGCAUUUAUGUGAAGGAGCCAAAUAUUUGUCAGCAUGUCCGGUAUUAAACGUAAGGUUUGUGUCCUGUGAAAUCUUCAAGUGUGGAAAAAGACCAAAUCUAUGUCGGCAGUUUUGAUGCCAUACGGAUCAGCUGAAAAGGUCAGCUUGUCGCACUGCACCUAAGUAGCAAAGCUAGGGUAGGAAAUAGAAUACGAGUUUAUAUAGCAAAACGGAAAGUUGGUUAAAUGUAAAGAAAAUAUGGUACAAACAAGAACUAUUCGAUGCCCGACAUUUCUAUACGCGCCUUGGGGGCUAAAUGGAACGUGGAGAUAAUUGUCAUUGGCUGGAUUGUUGGCAAAGACUUUAAAUACCAGCUUCACACCAUUAUGACAGUUUUUUAACAGCUCAGGGGCUAUCGAUACAUGUAAAUAGUAUGUAAGCACAUAAGAUUACACGCUCGCAGAACU